AGAGCUCAAUUGUUAAAAAUAAAAACUUCAUAAAAACGUCCAAGAAAACAUAUUAAGUAUAAUUUUUUGCAGAAAAUAAAUAUCAUGAUGAAGUUCCAACUCUUCACUUUACUAUUAGUCGUUGCUGCUGUUUCAGCAAAGCCCUCUUUCAGCGAUGUCAGUAUCGUUGAAGAGAACAGUGAAGGGCAACAGAGAAUAAUCGUAGAAGGACAAAUAAGAAGGAUAAUUCAACAAGUCAGAGAUGGUAUCAAGAAUGCCGGACUCGAUCCUCUGGAAGUUGAAAGAGUAGUUUACGAAGACGCUCCAGUACCUUUCUUAGUUGAGAUUAAGGCCUUCAUUGAGAACCUUAAGUUUAAUGGUCUCAGUAACAUCGUUAUUCACAAUCUCGACUACAGUCUUAUUUUUAAUAGACUACGAAUGGACCUUUCUAUACCAGCAAUCAGAUUGUCAAUUGGUGAUUCUGGUAUUCAAGCCUCUGUUUUCGGCAAUUCUUUGGAAGGUCAAUUGAAUGGAAGCCUUGGCAUCAUUUCACUUCGUCUCGCAACAGAAGUACGCGUGAAUAUUGGCAUCAUUAGUGGCAUAAGCAUUCGCAGUAUUUCAAUAAAUUUCUCCCUCGGUGGUAUUGAGUCCAAUCUUUUUAUAUCAGCAUUGGGCAACGAUUACUCUGAUGACGCAAAUGUUUUUCUGGGUGAAAGCAUCCCCAAGUUUGUCUCGGACAACUCGGCUAGCAUAAAUAAAUACCUCGAAGAUCUUAUUAAGGAUCUCCUAGAUAGUUUGUAAGUGUGUGUUAGUCUAUAUUUUACUAUCUCUUAAAUUUUAUAUGGUGACUGUUGUUUGUAUUUGGCGAGGUGAUCUUUAAAUAUCAAUAAAAUGUAUGCAUUUUUUAAA